AUGGCCGAUAACGAAAUUGCCGUCGACGAAAUAGCUGGGAACGAGACCGCCGCCGUCAACGACCCUCAUGCAACUUCGGUUGUCCCUCGGCUCUUGACUAUUCCGCGCGAGCUUCGAGACAAAAUCUACGCUUACCUUCAUCAAUCCUUCACUAUUUCCUGGGGGUGGACUCACACCCAUCCACCUGCACAUUUUUCCGUAACCUUUAACCUCGAAAUAGAGAAUGCGCCUCAGCCAAGUGUCCUACUUACGCAUACUCGCCUACAUGACGAAUACCUAGAAGCCCUGUCCCACAGGAACUUGUCAGCUGCUGUAUAUGUUCAAUCCCGCCCCGCCUACAUAGAAUCUCUAUCCAGAUUGGUUAAGCUAAAUCCUGAAUUAACUAUGCACUCAAAGAAAGAUGACGAAGCAAUGGCUCACCUACGUUACGUUAUUAUUCUCUUCGAUUGCAACAACGCCAACGUGGGAAACUUGGCGCCUGGGUCUACCUUCUGGGGCGAAGACGGGAUGCAGGCGUUUGCCACUGCGCUACUUCUCAAAGCGCCUCAUUUAUCCGCUCUGCACAUCGCCCUGCAGUACCAACCGGCUCGUGGCCUCGAAAAAGCCAUUCAUAGCGACACCACUUUUCGAUCGGGAUCCUUCUUGCAUCCCCCACCGCCCUUCAUAGCUGGAAUUCCUCUCGUCCAACGCGCCGAGGGCUAUCGUCUGUACUACUGCAACAAGGCUUUGAAUGGCGCACUCUGGAACUACCAAAUUGUCCAAGUCGGCUGCUAUACGUAUCACCGCGAUGUCCAUAAAAAGCCAAUGGGAUGGGCUCCGCGUAAUAUUCUCGACGCAUGGGAACUUACUUCUCAUCAUGAAGCUAUUAACGAGCCUACCAUGAACACUUUUAACAACCUGCUGCCUACGAUGAUGAGAGAGUGGAGGACUAAGGUCGGGCACGAGGCAGCUAAGGCUUGGUUUCCAGCUGGGGCAUGCAAAUCUGGAAUGGAGGAUGGUUGGAAGUCAUUCGACGGGGAAUGGGUUAUAUAG